GACAGUGACACUUUUUGGUGUUGGGUGCAUGAUGGACCGAAGGGGUUGAUAACAAUUAAUUUCGAAAACCCCAAAAUAAAGUGAAAUGAUGUCCCCCAAGACCGUUUUGGGGCUGUGCGCUGGCGUCUCCGCAACCCUAUUUCUCGGCUACUGUAUUUAUUUCGAUAAGAAACGGCAUAUCGAUCCGGAUUUCAAAAAGAAACUGAGGGAACGUCGUAAAGCACAAAAGGCGGCAGCCAGUUCGGGUAAAAAAUGUCGAACUGUUUUUCCGGAUAUGAAAGACCACGAAGCUGUUCAGAAAUUCUUCAUGCAAGAAAUUCAACUAGGUGAAGAAUUGUUGGCUGCAGGAGAUCUCGAAAACGGGGUUGAUCAUUUGGGUAAUGCCGUUGCUGUGUGCGGACAACCCAAUGAUCUCUUACAGGUGCUCCAACAAACACUACAACCUGAAGUGUUCCAUUUGUUAAUUAAAAGAUUGCCAGCGGUAGCGCCCAGGCUGAUGAAAGCACAAAAUUCCUCUUUGCAAGAAGAUGAUGUGGAGUAAAAAGUUUUGCUUCUAGAAGCUCCUAGUCACAAGGAUUUUAUUUAUUUUCUUGUAAAAAAAAAAGAUUUUUCUUGGAAGUAUUAUUUUGUUCAAAAAAAAAAAAUUGUUGGUUGAUACUGAAUUUUUAUUUUGUUUCAUAGGCCCUUCUGCUGUGUAAUUCAUAUAUUUAGGUAUAUGACAUUGGCACAUUUGCUUCAAUUUUAAUUAUUUAUAGCUUUUAGAAGUUGCCUCAAGAAAAAAAGCCUUUUUUUUUUUUACUAGAAAAUAAUCCUUGUCUUUUUUUUAGUCUCGUUGAAUAGAAAAUGUAUGGAGUUGUUGUCUUGAAAAUAACUAUUUUUCAAUAAUAAACACAAAUUGAGAGUAAUUAUUAUUUUGUUGCCGAUUUUGAGAGCAAUACUAUUUGAUUUUAUAUGGUUUUUAGUUAAAUUGUAAAUAAAGUUUCUUCUGAAAUAAACUAUAAAUGUGUGAUGUGUUUGAA